AUGGAAACUCUUCUCCGCCGACAACUAAUUCGACCAAUUCUUCUGGGACAACCGUUUGUUUGUAUAGCAACUCAAGAGUUGGGCGUCGGUUCGAUGUAUUUGUUUGAUUACAACCAGAUCUUAGCUGACGGACAGUAUUUGAUUCCUUUGUGGAUAAACUCAACCGAAUUCUGUAUUGAAAGCGAUGCAAAACUCAUAAACUCGUUGUGUUUCGAGAAAACCCAUCCUUUAGUUCACAUCAGUUUUCCGGAAACAGAUUUUGAAAUCAAAUUCCCGCCCAUUAUUUGGGACCAAACCAGUGAUGUCUCCGUUAAGUUGCGCCGAACUAUCAAUGCUCUCGACUCCGCCACUCAAACAGAAUUAUUUCAAUUAUUAAACCGCAAUCCAUUGGAACCAAUGUCUUGUGGAGACCGGGAACAGCUAUGGGACCGAAGAUAUUAUCUGUACGAUUGUGCCGAAGCUCUCCCCAAAGUUCUCUUGGCUUCUCAUACUUGGGAAUCGACUGCUUUGUCCGAUAUUUACGCAAUGGUUCAGCACUGGUCACAACUGUCACCUGUGGAUUCAAUGCAGUUAUUGCUGCCUUCAUUUCCUGACAUUCAUAUCAGACAAAUGACUGUUCAAUGGCUUAAAAAGCUUUCUUCCGAUGAAUUGUGCGAUUUUAUGCCACAAUUAGUUCAGGCGUUGAGAUUUGAUGCUUAUAUCGACUCUCCGUUGAUUCGCUUUCUUUUGGAGAGCUCUUUAGAGUCGGUUAGAGUUUGUCAUCACUUGUAUUGGAUCCUGAAGUGCAAUAUUAAUGACCAGACGUUUGCAUACCGUUCCCGAAUAUAUCUCAACUCUCUUCUGGCAAUAGUCGGCGAAUCGACGAAUCUUAUGAUCGAUAGACAGGAGAAUCUUUGCCGCUCUCUGUCCUCCAUCUGCGAUCACGUCAAGUCGGCUAAAGAGUCGCAACGACUUAAUACUCUUUUGCUUGAGUUGGAACCAGUCAACGAUUAUCUCGUCUGUCAUAUCGAAAAUCCAACUGUUCUUCCGUUGUCUCCUUCUAUGGGUGUCUGUGGACUCGAUGUGAAGCUGUGCUCAUAUUUCCCGUCAAACUCUCUUCCCUUGAAACUUGUCUUUAAAAAUCCCGACACAAAAACAUCAUUGUCUUCAUUGGAGGCUAUUUUCAAAGCUGGCGAUGACUUGAGACAAGACAUGCUUUCGAUGCAAAUGAUCCAAAUUAUGGACAAAGUAUGGCUUAAAGAAGGAUUGGAUUUAAGAAUGGUUUGCUUCGGUUGCGUUGCGACCGACUAUAGGAAGGGAAUGAUAGAAAUGGUUCGCAACAGCGAAACGCUUCGUAAGAUUCAAUUAGAGCACGGAUUGACCGGUUCUUUCAAAGACAGACCAAUUGCCGAAUGGCUUCAAAAGCACAACACCUCUGAACUCGAGUACCACCACUCCGUCGAAAACUUCACGUAUUCGUGCGCCGGCUAUUCGGUGGCCACUUAUCUGUUAGGCAUUUGUGAUCGUCAUAACGACAAUAUAAUGCUCACCACUUGCGGACAUCUAUUUCACAUAGAUUUUGGCAAAUUCUUAGGCGACUCACAGAUGAUGGCCGGCUUUAAACGAGAUCGCGUGGCGUUUGUGUUGACUCAGGACAUGGCGUAUGUAAUUAAUGGCGGCGAUAAGCCAUCGAAACAGUUCCAGUUCUUUGUCGAUCUGUGUUGUCAAGCGUUUAAUAUUCUCCGAAAGAACGCCAACUUCUUGUUGUCAUUGUUCUCACUGAUGAUGUAUUCGCGUAUCUCUGGUCUCAAUGUGGAAGCCGUGAAAUACAUCCACAGAGCGCUUAUGCCCGGAGUCACGGAAUCCGAGGCGAUGUCUCAGUUCACGCGAAUGAUUGAGGAAUCACUUCGCUCUCGAUUCACUAAAUUUAAUUUUUUCAUUCAUAAUUUGGCGCAAUUGAGAUUCACGGGUGACCACAACGACCAGAUGUUGCUGUCAUUUAUUCCCAAAAAGUUUACCAAAGAAUCUGAUGGUUUGAUCACUGGAUUGGAGGCAUUGGACUGCUAUAAGAAGUACGAGCCCGAGAAAGUGUAUUACUAUGUGUUGAGAGUGGAGCGCCAGUUCCAACCCGAUCCCAGUUAUAUUCACCGCACGUACCGAGAGUUCAUUGAAUUCAACGAAAAGCUUAACGUUUCGUAUCCGUUGGCGAAGUUUCAUAUAUUGCCGCGAUCUUCGAAUCUGAUCCGUUCGAACACCAGAGAUGCGGCCAUUCAGAGGAUGCAAGAAAUCCGAGUCUUCAUCGAAGGGUUGAUGCUUUUGGCCGACGAGAUAUCGCACGCAGACAUUGUCUACACGUUCUUCCAUCCACUGCUCAGAGACCAAGAGGGGGCCAACCAGACCACUAUCAACAUCUCCUCACCGCCAGGUUUGUCGUCAUUUCCUCGUCUGUUAUGUCCUUAUUCUCUAUUAUCUUAUAAAUGAUGGCAUAUAUUAGGCAACUCUAUGGCAGGCAGUUCUCAGUCCAUGUCCCGACGCGACACACUGUACGGACCGGCCAUUGCGGGUCAGGUGAAGCUGUCGAUCGUCUAUAAGAACAUGUCUUUAGUCAUAAUGAUAAUGCACGCCAAGAAUCUGGUGUCGAGUCGCUCCAACGCUCCCGACUGUUAUGUCAAGACAUAUCUGAAUCCCGAUCCAAAUAAGUUGACAAAACGCAAGACUCGUGUCGUCAAUAAGACAUGUCAUCCGACUUUCAUGGAAAUGAUUUUAUAUCACGGAAUACCACUUGAAAAACUGCAACAAAAGACUCUUCAGGUUUCGGUUUGGGAUUACGAUAGAGUGACCGAAAACGUGUUGAUCGGCGGAACGCAUAUUAUGUUAAACACGUUGGACCUCAAGAACGAGACGUGCGAUUGGUUUGCACUUCAAGGAAAUUAGUUUCAACCAAAUUGUCAUUAAAUUAAUUGAAAAGUUAUGUAUUUUUAAUGAUUGCUUUAUUAAGAAAAAUAC